GUACUAUACCUACCUAUUGAUCGCUACAAAGUACCAACACUACCAACUUCGUCAAAUUAGUCAGACUCGUUCGUAAUCGUGACAGUUCGUGAUUGUCCGUAGAAAUGGCAAGGCGGUAUACGCCUGCCAAAGAAAAACUUUAUAAAUUUGUAGAAAUUUGCACUAUGGAGUGGAUGGUGCCCGUGAAUGAGAUGUUAAGGGAUGAAAUCACUCGCAUUGACUACAACUUAAUGACGGACACUUUUGAAGGAAACAUCAGGACCGUGAGGAUGCUACAAGAUAGUCUGUCAAAGCUGAUAGAUGUCCUGGGAGAAUAUUCAUCAGCUGCACAAGGCCUCAACCGUGUGAUCACUACUGGGGAAAAACUUCGCCUCUGCCCAUCGCAUGUUGUGUAUAUCCUUAAAGACAAGGAUGCAAAAAACGGUGAGGGCGAGGCAGUCGGCAUGCUGAAGAUUGGUCGCAAGCACCUGUUUUUGUUCGACGACAAGGAACAAGUGCGCGAGCUGGAGCCGCUCUGCGUCCUCGACUUCUACGUGGUCUGCAACCGCCAGCGCACCGGAUGCGGGAAGAAACUUUUCGAUUUCAUGCUCAAGGACACGGAGAGCGACGUCCACGCACUAGCCAUCGACGGGCCCUCGCACAAGAUGGAGCAGUUCCUGAAGCGCAACUACGGCGUGGAGCGUCUCGUCCGCCAAAACAACAAUUUCGCUGUUUCGCCCAAGUUCUUCACGUUCACCACGGCCGAGCUCAAAUUAAAGGCAGUGAAUGAUCGCCGAGACACGUGCGGGUCGGAGCAGAGCCGCGCCCAGAGCGGGGACAGCAAGGCAGGCCGUCCGGUCUCGUCGCUGCCGCCGGUCAUCGGCCGGUUCGCGGCGCCGCGGCGUCCCUCCGCCAUCGCCAACGUGAUCCACGGCGGGAACGGCCUGGGCUACCGACAGGACUCCCCCAACGGUUGCUCGCCGCUCGCCCGACCUAUGAACCCGCAAUGAUCUACGACUUAGUGCAUUCCCUGUUAUUGUUUUAGCUUUUUAAGUUGACGCUGAUUUGAUCCGCAUGUAUCCGCAUGUAUAGGAGAAUUGUUUUGUACUAUUUAUUGUCAUCGCUUGUGCCUCUCAGAGUAGAAACCAGAUGAACGAUACUUGAUGAAAGCAACGUGUGUGUUCACAUCUCGAACGAUACAGGGUGUACGUAACGGAACCCGAGAACGAGAACGAGCCACAGAGCGGGAUCCCUAACAAGGGACCGUUGAAGUUGUCACGUUAUUUUCUCUUUGCCAAUGUAAAUUCAUUUUAAGCUGAUAGUUGAUUACCGUUCCGGCAUCGGGAGCGGUCUGCCUACACCCUGUACACGUGUGCAUGGUCAGCGGCGGGCGCACGGAUACCGGGACCUCUCAGCGACCCGUCUGUCGGCUGCAGCAGGCUCUACCAACCGGCUUCAUAUCGAAUUAAAACAGUUAUUAUUAAUACAUGUGUAUAUUUAUAACUUUUUUUAAUUAUUAUUAUAAUAAUAUGCUUUAGAUGAGAAUUCUAUUUUGUACACAUAUGACGGACGUAGGGUACCUACACAAUAUCAAAGUUUAAAAUGAAAUGGUUCUUAGGUCAAAACACAAGUCUACUCAUGGCGAGCCGUUGCCUACCUUGCAUCUAACUAUUUUACUAAGUUGGAUUCAAGUGCCGAUAGGGUAUCCGUGCUGCCUUGCAGCUGACCGUACAAGAAUAUUAUGCACGAUGUGUGCGUCGCCGUUGCAUCGCGCGUACUGUUAAUUACAUUAUAAUAUGUUGGAUCGCAUCUUCCGCCACCAACAUGGUUCCGCGGUGUGCGGCGACUGCACUCCCUGCUGCUUAGUGUUACUGUUUACAAGCACGUACUCAAUAUUGGCACUAUUGUGAACGACAGGGCUGGCGACUGACACGCCCACUGACAGACCAAACAUUGUGAACUCGUACAGAAUGUACAAGGCUUAUUUUUAAAGUAUUUAAUGUAUGUAAAUAUUUAGUGAAGACAAAGACUGACUGACACAUUGUUGGAGAUGCGUGGUGCCCGUCGACUGCGGAGUGUCAGUACUGCUCUGUGUAACACCUAGCACCCAUUAGCGCUAGCUCUCAAAUGACUAAAUAUAAUUUUACAAAGAAAUAUUUAUCAAUUUAAAGACAGGGGCACACUAAUUGAAACUACUUUUAUCUCGGGUGUUGCAAUCUGUCGGAAAUAAUAAAUGAUACAUAUAAAUGAAAUAAUAAUGAAUAUAAGAGAUGCGCCAGAUCUCCAGGAUUCAAUGACGGUAGCUUGCAUGAAUUUUUACUCCAAACUUCAGACGAAAGUCCGCAACAUAUGUGAUUUUCUUCAUUAAUAUGUAAAUAAAUACCUUUGUUAUUUCCGUAAUUACAUUCGUUUAAUAUAUAUUUUUUCUAUAAAAUGAAGUUUGUGCAGACCGCGGUGGUCAUUUCAUUUCUUAAAACGGACUCCGAGCGGAACUAAUUGGUGACCCCUGAUAUAAAAUAUGUUACUACGUAUUUUCAAAUUGAAAUUAAUAUAUUUUGCACGUUAGUAUUAUAUUUUAAUUAUAUUAAUCUUAAAGCACCUUGUUCGGUUUCUUGCAUUGUAGCGAACCAAAUUAAUUUUUAGUUAACACAUGUUUAUCUCACAUUUUACACGCUUGUCCAAUGCUCCGGAAGGCAUUGUUGUCCCUUGGAACGUCGACUAAAAGUAUUUUUAUGAAAGGGAAUUCUCAUUGCUGUACGUUGAGAGUUGAGCUAAUCUUGCGUCUUAACCGAACUAGCGACAAAACAUUUAUUGUUAAUGUCAGUUUGGAGUAAUAAUAGCUCUUGACUUUAAGGUUUCAGGUAUUUAGAAGUUCGAUUGAAGUGAAUAUCUGCCUAAUGUAAUUGAUUAGUUUCUAGAAAUAUAAUUUAUUAAAAAAAUGCUAAAAAUAUUGAAAUAACUUCUUCGAAUCAGCAUUUUACAUUGUACGAAUAGGGCUGCCACUAAAAUAAAACAAAAUCCCGCUAGUAGAGCUGAGAGUACUAUGCCACUUGACACCGCUGCUCUCAUUCACAACACGUUUUCAAAGAUGAUUUUGCCGCCCGGUGUCCUCGCGCUAAGCGGCCGCAUCGCUUAUGCCAGUGCUCCAAGUCCAGAGGCAGGAACUAAACUAGUCCCGCGAUGAGGCAAUAACACCACGAAAGGAAGCAGUGGGACUGCUGAGACAACUUGUACAACACGACGUAGACUCGGUCACUGGGGCCGAACCCACAUGACGUCUAUCGUACCGGUAACCGCUCAACAACAUGACUUGAAACAAACACUGUUGCCAUGAUAUUGAACUGGAAAGCAGAGGUUAAUUCCGUAAGUUAUUUGGUUUUAAUGGCAUUCCAAAAGGUGGUGUUUCGAUCUUCUUACUAUAUUUAUUUGGUCUUCAAGAUAGAGAUCAAUCAUCGAAUCCAACUAAGACGGGCAGCGUUCUAAGACGAAAGUCUAUGACCAUUGUGUGUUGCCCGGGAUGACAUACGAUAGUAGUCGUGGUCGCUGACAAUGAGCCUUUUCAGAGAAGGCUCAAAGUCACUGAGUCACAGAGCAAUGGAGAGAACGGAGCGUCCCUGCGAAAUCGAAUCAGGAAUGAGGAGAUUCGCGGAAUCACCUGGACAAUCGCCGUAACUCGAAGGAUUGCGUGGUUACUUUGAUUAUAUUGCUCGAAGAAUUGAUAAUUCCGUGAGGACCGAAAAGUCCUCGAGUGGCGACCAUGCCCGAAAAAUACAGCAUGGGUAGGCUUCCCACGGGGCGAGGGGCCACCGACGACAUACUAAAAGUCGCGGGAAUCUGCUGCAUUCGUUCUGCGCGGAACUGAUCAUUCAUUGUGGCAAACCUUGGGGAACGCCUAUGUCAAGCAGUGAAUAUUUAUUCGGUUAUACUAUUUACGGAUUACAUAGUAUUAAAAAUAUGUAUGCGGAAUACUAUAGUUUAAAAAUAAAUGGUUAAGACGCAUGGCCCAUGCAAUAUGUGAUGGUUUUGGGAAAUCUCGUUUCAUGAAUGUCGUGAUUUUGUUAGGUUUUUGCGAGCCGCAACAUACAACAACAUAGUUUCUAAUGCUCACGGAAUACAUUAGAGAUUACGGUGUUCAUAAAUAAAUGAUUAAGCGGCAACGCGUCAAACGAGUGAGAUAUACAUAUGAGUAUUGUGUGUCCGCUGAAUGAGAGAAUGCUCUCCUCGGUCAUGUAACUACGCACUGUGAUAACGUAAAUCUUAUUUGUGACCUUUUAUUUCGUUUAGCUUUACAUUCUACCAAAUUGUUUUGGCUUUUUAUUUAUUAUAUAAUCAUUGAUUUAUUUUGUAUUAUUGUAAAAAUAUAUUUCUUGUAAUUUGUUGUUAAGAAGCAACGAUUACUACAAUUCGAGUCGCUUAGUAAAAUCAAUAAUUAAUCAUGAAAACCAAUUUUACAUAGGCGCAUGCAAGUGGGUAUUAUGAUUCAAUCAUUGUAAUAUAAAGUUUAAUACAUCGAUGCGUAUACAAAAUAAGUUGAGAGCGAUUGGUCUCUGUAUGAACGCAACUCAUCGCGAUUGGAAGAUGUACGAAGACACUAGACCGACUAGUCGGGCAUCGACUGAGAGAGAAUACUUCGUAUUUGAACUGUGUUCUGGUUGUUAUUGAUUUGUCAAGAAUUAACAUUUAUGUGAACAUAUUAGAGUCCCAUAGAGAAGAUGAUGGCGGAACAGAGACCCAUUUUGAACACUUUCCAGUACGCUCGUAUUACUUAUUUUGUCAUCAAUAUUAUCUCAACGAAAACAUUUUUUUUUUUUCUCUAUUACAUGAACAUUUAUUACUGCAGUGUGCCUUCGUUUAUACAACAAUAUAAUGACAAUUUAAAAACAGAAAGCUCAUUAUUUAAAAUUAUUUCGUUAUAGACAUUCCUCUUAAUGCACUUUAUCAAUUGGAAACUUGGCGACUGCCAAUCUUAUGGAAUAUUUAUUGACGCCGUCCCUUACCUUGCGUAGAUAGAUCUUUAUAACUUUGCGCAGAGCCUUGUUGAUAGGACUACUAUUAGAUAUGGAAGGUUGUAUUAUUAGAAGGCUUCACCACCUAAAGACUCGUAUUUUGAUAACAUUAAUACCUUUCUUUAAUAUGGCCCAGUUACUUUUCGGCAGCCAACAGUUCACCAAACAGUCUCUGGAAAAUGAACUUAUAUUUUACUUACUAAAUGCGAAGCCUAUGCGGAGCUUCGAGCACUAAUUGUCAUUUUGUCUAUUAGACUAAUAUACCAUUUCUGUACUGUCGGUUAGUAAUGACCAGUGCUUCUUUAAUAAGCUGCUCGUCCUGUGUCAAAAACGAAAUGUAACUUUUAGAACUACAUAUUUUCAUUUCCGUAAAUAAAGCGGACGGCCAGAUUUUUUCUGUCAGAAAUAGUUUACGAUAUACCUAAGUAGUGCCAAUUUGAUAAACGGAUCAAAAAUUGCGUUUAAAUUGGUAACUACCUUGUAUAAUAUGUGCUAUGACCAUAUCAUAGCUUAAUGUUGUGACAGUAUUACUGCCUGUCUAAUUUUCUUUAUGAUCCCACUUUGCGAAUAUUUAAUCUAAACAAAGAUGGUCGGAAACAGUAAAAAGUCAUGAAAAUUCAUAUGAGAAUGACAAGUUCCAAAUAAAAAUGUAACAUUACUGUUUUUAGUUUAUUUUGAUUAUAUUUAUGGCCAAACUGUAUGUAGUAUAAAUAACUAGUCUUUUUUUUUAAUUUGUAUUAGAAUACCUGCUGUUUACCAUCUUUUCUUGUUUGCGUUGAAUGAUUUUGCAUGUACCUACAUGUUCGUUGCGUGUAAAUCUAGUAACAAGAGUGUUAUUUAAUAUGACGUGUCGCCUGCGGUACUUUAACUUACGAUGAGUAUUUAAUAAGGAACGAAUUGGACAAGUUGACGUUCGCUCCUCCGGCCCGAAGCCCCGCUCCAGGCACGGAGCUCGGGCGGGAGCUCGACGACGACGAGGACGAGGAGUCAGAUUGGGAAGACGGUGCGGGGGUCGGUCCGGUGCCGACGAGACCGUCCCAGCUCGAGAUGGAAGAGGCCUGCGCCGCCCUGUUCGACGAGCCCUCGCCGGCCGGCUCCAGUACGUCGCGUCGCGACUCGCAGCUUACAGAUCGCGGGUACUUCGACGUCAAGUUUUACCAUAACAAGCUGUGGUGAAGUAGCACUAGGCUACUGACACUCCCGGCGCCCUUCCGCAUCCCUCGCUCACCCUCUCUCCCUCCUCGUUCCCAUUCAAGCUAUCGACUCAUAAGCGACACGUCCUAUAUUCAUUGUGAAGCCCUUAGACUUACUUGCCAUCUAAGGAUAUUUAUUCAUAUAAUAUAUGUGUGGUAUUUAAUCAAUUAAUUAAUUAAAAUUAUACAGAUUCACAAAUUCACUAAUUGAUCUUUAGACCUGCUCCAUCUCAUCUAACAAUAAAAACAAAUUCAAAUACCUGAAAUAAAAUAAAUUGCAAGUCACAUCUGCCAAUCUUAAAUGUACCCAUUUGCAAGGUGUGGCAUCAAAAUGUUCAACUUACAUCCAGUUUAAUUUUUCAGAGAAAUGUAAUUCCAUUGCAAUAUAUUGGUUGGUUGGGGUUGCAUUGGUAGCGAGUCGCACGAACCUGCAUUCUGCACUUUCGAAAACUCAAAUCGAAUCCUCAACAUACCCAAAACCUUGAUCUCCAUAAUAUAUUAUGAUAAAGUUGUACAGUAGUUUUUGUAGCCUUGUUGUAUGCAAACAACUAAUUCUUACAAUUUAUCACCAAUUACAUUGUAGUGCAUCAGUAAUAAUAUAAUACUGCGUAAUAUAA